GGCAGAGUAUAUUAAUUCUGGACAACUUGUUCUGCGACUUUUCCACUGGAGAGCUGACACUCUAGCUGUGCGUCUGGAGGCUUAUAGAACAUUGUUCCUGCAGAAAAUUUGCAAAAGUUUUCAGUUUUGACUGCAGAUUUCAUGGUCAGUGAUACAGCUGGAAGGUUUUCUCUGAUUCCUAUGAUAAGUUAAACUUAGCUGUCGAAGUCUGCAAGAAGGAACUGUAAAUUCUAGCAUAAGUAGAAGAGAAGAAAUUUGAGAUUGAUCACUGGGGAUCUACAGAAAGAACACACGUUUCAUGAGAUAUGAACACAACCUGUAAUUAUUGCUUGCUUAAUCUUAAAUUGAGACUGAUGUAGGACAUAGCCACAGAUGUAUGCCUGCAGAGACUACAGAAAAGGCUGUCAGCCCGAAAACAUUUUGUUGCAAUCUUUGUGAGAGCACUUUCUGAACUACUGGACUUUACAGCCAGCAUCACUUCUAUCACAUCUGUGGAAGAAAACAAAAUGCAGGUGCCACCAAGAAGCACUUCUCCUCAGAGAAAUGGCAUUCGCAUAUCUCCUCAUGGAUCCCCCAGGAGUUCUCCUCGGAGUUCUCCUCUCAGUUCUCCACGUAACUCACCACGUAAUUCACCACUUCUUCUCCGCAAACUUCUCAUGAGCCGGAAUAAUCGAAUGCAACGAAGAUUUACAGUUGCACAUGCACCUUGCUUUGAUGUUGAAAAUGGCUUAUCAGCAGGCAGAAGCCCCUUGGACCCGCAGGCCAGUCCAGGAUCAGGCCUGGUUCUGCAGGGCAACUUUCCCCACAGCCAGAGAAGAGAGUCUUUUCUUUACCGAUCUGACAGCGACUAUGACCUUUCUCCUAAAGCCAUGUCAAGGAACUCGUCUAUUGCCAGCGACUUGCAUGGAGAAGACAUGAUAGUGACCCCUUUUGCACAGGUUCUGGCCAGCCUUCGAACUGUGCGGAGCAACUUUGCCAUGCUAACUCACCUUCAGGACAGAGUGACUAACAAGAGAUCAUCUGGCAAUAAUCCACCAACAGUGUGUAAACCAAACCUAUCUGAGGAUGCCGUUCAGAAACUGGCCAUCGAAACUCUGGAAGAGUUGGAUUGGUGUCUGGACCAACUGGAGACGCUGCAGACCAGACACUCAGUCAGUGAGAUGGCCUCAAACAAGUUUAAGAGGAUGUUGAAUAGAGAACUUACACAUUUGUCUGAAACAAGUCGCUCUGGAAACCAAGUGUCUGAAUAUAUAUCCAAUACGUUCUUAGACAAGCAGCAUGAAGUUGAAAUCCCCUCACCAACUACCAAGGAGAAGGACAAGAAGAAGAUACCCAUGUCCCAAAUUAUUGGUGUAAAGAAACUGACACACAGCUCAAGCUUCACUACCUGCAGUAUUCCACGUUUUGGGGUGAAGACCGACCAAGAAGUACUUCUAGCAAAGGAAGUAGAAGACACCAACAAGUGGGGGUUGGAUAUAUUUAAGAUAGCUGAAUAUUCUGGAAAUCGACCCUUAACAGUCAUCAUGUACUCCAUCUUUCAGGAGAGGGACCUCUUAAAGUCAUUUAGAAUUCCUGUGGACACGUUUAUUACGUACAUGAUGACGCUGGAGGAUCAUUACCAUGCAGAUGUGGCCUACCAUAACAACAUCCAUGCUGCAGAUGUGGCCCAGUCCACUCACGUCUUACUCUCCACUCCUGCUCUAGAGGCUGUGUUUACUGACUUGGAAAUCAUGGCGGCCAUCUUCGCUAGUGCUAUUCAUGAUGUUGAUCAUCCAGGAGUAUCCAAUCAAUUUCUAAUAAACACCAACUCUGAGCUGGCGUUGAUGUACAAUGAUGCUUCUGUCUUAGAAAACCAUCACCUUGCAGUUGGAUUUAAGCUCCUUCAAGAAGAGAACUGUGACAUUUUUCAGAAUUUAUCCAAAAAACAGCGCCAAAGUUUAAGAAAGAUGGUCAUUGACAUGGUACUGGCAACAGAUAUGUCCAAACACAUGAAUCUUCUGGCUGACCUGAAAACAAUGGUAGAAACAAAGAAAGUGACCAGUCUGGGAGUUUUGCUGCUUGAUAAUUAUUCUGACCGAAUACAGGUCCUUCAAAACAUGGUUCACUGUGCAGACCUGAGCAAUCCCACCAAACCACUGGAGCUGUAUCGCCAAUGGACAGAUCGGAUCAUUGUAGAAUUCUUCCAUCAGGGAGAUCGGGAGCGUGAAAAGGGAAUGGAGAUCAGUCCCAUGUGUGACAAACACAAUGCUUCUGUUGAAAAGUCACAGGUUGGUUUUAUUGACUACAUUGUGCAUCCUCUGUGGGAAACUUGGGCUGACUUGGUUCACCCAGAUGCCCAGGAAAUACUGGACACAUUAGAGGACAAUAGAGAGUGGUAUCAAAGCAUGAUCGCCCAAAGUCCAUCCCCUCCACCAGAAGAACAAGACCCUGACAGGGGAAGUACUGCAGGAGAUAAGUUUCAGUUUGAACUGACAUUGGAGGAAGAAGGCGAGUCCGACACUGAGCAAGAAGAGAGUCCUGUUGAUGAGGAAAACAGUGACUCAAAAACCCAGGUCACCGAUGAUUCAGCACAAGUCAGCGAUGAAGCUGAGCAGCCCUCUCCAGUAGACCCAUGCAGGAGUGUGUCCAACCAGCUGGAUCACUUAGAACUCCCAUCCAAGAACACACUAACCAAGCAGAAAAAAGUAUUGAACUUCGAUAACUUGAAAUUAGCAGCUGAAAGGACGCUACCACAAAAGGACACCCGGAGGGCUGCAUCCACUAAUACUGCAGAGCAGGAGACCUCAGGCCAAGGGGAGGUCUGUUUGGACCAAGAGGGAAACAUCACAUAUCUUCCAUUAGGAACGUAACCCCAGAUUGUCACAUCACUAUUUUAUUUUAAUUCACGCACACUUUGCAUUUUAUUUUUCUGGAGGAGGGAUGUAUUUUAUGAAAAAAAAAGUAUUUAAAAAAAAAAGAAAGAAAGACCUGAUAUCAGAAAAAACUAAUUGUCCCCAAUAUCAGUAAAACCGCACGGACGAGCAUGGUGAAAUGUCAUAUGGUUUUAUUUCAUUUCUAAUUUUGGCGAGGAGGCAACAAUUUCCAAUCUUAAGCUGCCGCGUGGUUGGUAUUCUUUCUGGUAGAAAGUAAGUUAAAGGGAAACUAUAGCUAAAAUAUUUGCAGUAUUAAAUGUAAGAGUUUACAUCCCCUAAAAUGGGCACCUGCUACCUGAGGCUCCCCAGCUGCUGGUGAACUUCAUGUGCCAGUGUGCAAUUCUUUGCUUUGGUCUGUCAUGUUUUAACUUUAUUUCAUGUGAGAAAUAAGUGCCAAUAUAAGUGGGUUAUUUGCAUGGAGCAUCUUGUAUUUAAGUUAUAGUUUUCCACUUUGUCCUUGCUCGAAGAAAGAAUUCAGCCAUGGAAAAAUGUGUAUGGAGCUGCUUGGAACAACGAGAAUGAGUAAUUGGUAUAGGUACUGAAAACUUUAUCCUCUGCCAUCCCAAUACGUAUACGGCUAUCAUUACAGAUUGCCUCAACGUUUCCCCAAAACUUGAGCAAGCUCAGUAGGGUGGGUACCACAUAAUGAAAGUAGCAGCAAGAUUGAGAUUAUUUCCACAUUUUGUUUCUGAAUGGGAACCUGUAUUAUGAAAUCUUGAUGUGCGUGUGUGUGUGUACUAGGAGACACACAAGCAUGCAUGUUAUCACAGACGCAGUGCACUUUAUGCGUAUGUGGGAUCACAGAGGUAGAAACCAGCAUUAAAUCCUUAGAUUGUCAUUCAGUCAGGCCAGUUUUCUGUUCAUCUGUAAGACUGGGAUUAGUCUUGGCCUGUAUAAGCUAUAACCUUCCUAAUGCCUCUACGGAUUAUGAAUAACGCAGGUCUUUGGGCUUUACUUUUGCAAUGGUGAAAACCUUCUUGAUAUUGGAAUGUGGGGGGAACAGGCGUUGUCUAUGCGCGCAUAGGAACGUCAGAUAUUCUAAACCUCAGGGUAUAGUAGAAAUGUUGUAUGUGUGUUCUGAUAACUGGUGUUCAUACUUUCUUAACCCAAAUGUCGCACAUGUAUAGUUUAGAGAAUUGGCGGUUUCAGGAUGAAUGCCUAUUGGAUUUACAGGUUAAAAGCACAUCAGUUGCUGAUGUGUCCGCAGAGGUGAUGCAGCCUAGAUUUAGGUAGGCACUGAUUUCAGCAUUGGGGGGAGAUAUAUUAUUACGAUCUGAACUUUCGACAGCUAAAAACCAGACCAGGCUGCAGAAGAUGUGAAGUGGCUCCUGCUUAUAGAUUUGGCUCAUCUUGAUAGACAUAUCAAACAAUUUUCCUUACACCAGCUCUUUGUUGUCAUUAGAUCAAUAUUUUGCACCAAAAUUUAGGCGCACUUUAAGACUCCUCUAAACCACACCCCUUUUUUUUAAACCGUUUUCCAAACUGUGUAGUGGAGUACAAUAAGUACACAAGGCAUGUAUGACAAUGUAUGAUCUGGCACAUCCAGCUUAGUUCAUCUCCCCCAUGUGUUUGUGUUCUCCACAAAUGGAUUGAAUGGUUACUACACGACUACUGUUUCUGAUUGAGACCUCUCUUUGGCCUUAUGUUGUCCUGUGUUCCCGUUUCUUUGGCACAUAUAUUUUUUAGCGAAUUAACCAUUUGAAUUACAAGAGUUAGGCUACUUUCCGUCGGAUCCGUCAUGGAUUUGCAAAAAUGCUUCCGUUACAAUAAUUCAACCGCAUGCAUCCUUCAUGAACGG